AUGCCUUCAGUUGGCCAAGAUUUGCCCCCUGUCGGAGGAUACGAACCCGUCCAGUGGAGACGAAACCUCCCGGCACGAGGAUUCCGACCCCUUGUCUACCUUGCUGCUCUCUGCGGUAUCUGCGGUUACGGUUUUUACAGAGCCCUCGGAGGUAUUCAGGAGCGACGAGAGCUCAAGCGAGAAAAGCUGUGGGCCCGAAUCUACCUCAUGCCUCUUCUGCAGGCCGAGGAGGACCGACAGACCGUUCGACGAUCUAUUGCCCAGCUCGAGCGAGAGAAGGAGAUCAUGAAGGGUACUGGCUUCGACGUCGACAAGUCUGUCUACAACGAUGGCAAGUUCCAUGCUCCUGCCCUCAUGAUCCCUCCCAAAUAA